UGUUAUAAGUAGAACCUAUGUCAGAAAGGGAAGCAGCAUUGGAUUAUACAGACAUGAGAAAACCACGUAUUCUAUUGGCUGCUAGUGGAAGCGUAGCUGCUAUAAAAUUCGGAAGCCUUUGCCAUGGCUUUUCCGAAUGGGCAGAAGUCAAAGCAGUAGCCACCAAGUCUUCCUUACACUUCAUUGAUAAAGCAUCACUUGCAAAGGAUGUAGUUCUUUACACAGAUGAAUAUGAAUGGUCCAGUUGGAAGAAAAUUGGUGACAAUGUGCUUCACAUUGAGCUUAGAAAAUGGGCCGAUAACAUGGUAAUUGCCCCAUUGUCAGCCAAUACGCUUGGCAAGAUCGCUGGUGGUUUCUGUGACAACCUACUAACAUGCAUCGUUCGAGCAUGGGACUUCAACAAGCCAAUCUAUGUUGCUCCGGCCAUGAACACCUUCAUGUGGGAGAACCCCUUCACUGAAAGCCAUCUCGAAUCCAUCAGUAAACUCGGUUUCACACUGAUACCUCCCAUCACAAAGAGGUUGGCUUGUGGAGAUUAUGGGAACGGUGCGAUGGCUGAACCUUCAAUGAUCAAUAAUACUGUGAGGCUCAAAGUUUUGAAUCUUGACCAUUGAAUGACAAUAGUUAAGUAGCACACAU